UCACUUGGACCCGUAGUCCUUCAUCCACUGUGCGAACUUCUGCAUGUCCUCCUCCCCCACAGACUUGUGGCAGCGCUUAAGCGCCUCCAGGAAAUCCUGCAGGUAAGAUACACACACCACACACACUUCUGUGUGUGUGUGUGUGCGUGUGUGUGGGUGUUGUUACCUCGUGGCGGAUGGGGAGGUUCGUGCACUCUGCCUGUAGCUGCCGCAUCUGCUCAGGUGUGUAGCCCUCGCGCCUGCACCGCAUCCACGUGGGCACACACAGCCAGUCGAGUCGGUCUUCACGAUUGAUGGUGUGGUAGUCUCCCCUCACCUGGCCGCCUGGACGCGUGUGCGCAUGCCCAUGAGUGCGGCGUCGCGACACACAGACGCCACGUCAGCACCCGAGUAGCCGUUCGUCAGCUUCACCAACUGAUAGACAGGACAGACACACCACACACACAGGCUUAAGCAGCAUCAGUCUCCCGUCUGUCUGUCUGUCUUGGGUGUCCUCAUCCCCGACCCCCAGGCUUGGCUUGCCUCAUCCCACUUGACGGCGUCGUCGACUUUGACGUCCUUGAGGUAUAUCUUGAACAGCAACUCACGACCCUGCUGCCCCAGAAGCACACCAUGAGGAUGCCCUCGUGCUCCCCUUCCUCUCGCACCGUACCGUGGCGGAUGGCAGCGGGAUGUAUAUGCGCUUCUCCAGCCGACGGCGGAGUGCCUCGUCCAAAUCCCAAGGACUGUUCGUUUCGGCCAGACCCAUGAUAGACACACAGUCAAUCGACGCACACACAGAUAUUCACUUAGCCGUCUCUCCUGUGCUGCGUGUGUGUGUGUGUGUGUGUGUCACUCGCUAAGCUCACCGGUUGGUAGCGGCGAGGACCAUGACGAUUUUGGGUUUCUCGUCCGACCUCGACCCGUCCGAUGGGGCCGGGGUGGACGACACGCCGUCCAUCUGACAAAAUAGAAUAUCGAUGGAUGAGCAAUGUGGCGUCUUGGUGUGUGGCUGGCCUGGCUCCGUGAGUGAGUGCCUUCCUGCCUGCCUGGAUGAGAAGCUCUGAUUUGACGCGCCGGGAUGCCUCGUGCUCGCUCGGAUCGCCUCGCUUCCUGAACCACACACACACAUCCAAGAGAGGCAGGCAGGCCUCUGUCUGUCUGUCUGUCUGACUGACUGAUGGGAUGUGUGUCCACCCAGCCCACCCAGCGAUGCCGUCUAUUUCGUCGAAGAAGAUGGUGGUUGGCGCGUAGAAGCGGGCCAUCUCAAACAAGAUCCGGAUCUGUGUGGGAGUGAUACAGAUCGACAGACAGACAGACAGACAGCCGUCUCGCAUAUCAUGGGUCGCUCCAUGGAGAGAUGCUCACGUACGAGUUUCUCUGAGUCUCCUCGGUAUUUGGAUGCGAGUGUGGACGCGCUGAUGUUGAAGAACGUCGUGCCGCACUCCGUCGCUACCGCCUUGGCCAACAGCGUCUUGCCUGCAGUACACGCAUCGCAUCAGACACACAGAUGGUCGCACCAGCUGUGUUUGGGCUCCUUCGUCGCUGACUCACCUGUUCCCGGUGGCCCGAACAGGAGCACGCCCCGCCACGGCCGACGGAUGCCCUGAAAUGAGAGAUGAAAUGGCGGAUGGUGGGGGCUGUGUUGUGUGUGGGUGUGUUGUGUUGCCUGGAAGAAGUCGGGCAUGUGUAUGGGCAGCACGACGGCCUCCUCCAGCAGGCGCUUGGCCUCGUCCAACUCGGCUAUGUCACUCCACUGGACCUGAGACACACACAACAUGGCCAUAACGUCCGUCCAUUCAUCCGUCCACCAUCCAUCCAUCCAUCAAGGUGCGGUGCGCACCUUUGGGUUGUUCUCGAUGCAGUCCCUCUCAAUCAUGGUGAUGAGGUCGGCAUCCGGGCCGUCCAUCCUCUCCCCAUACACGUGGUACAUGAACUUGGACCGGUCGGCCUCCGUCACCACAUGGUGGGCCCCAUCCCGCCCGUCCAUCCCCACCCCCGCCCCUCUGCCCAUCGCCGCAGCUAUCACGGGGUGAGCCGGCUGCAGCCAAGGCUUGGCGUAGUCGCGCCGCUUGCUCUCCUUGUCCCUGCUGUCUCUGUCAGCUACAUCCUGUGUCUGUGUCUGUGUUUGCGUCGGCCCACCAGCGGCAGCGUUGCCCGCUCGCCUGCUGCCCAUCGGCGUCACGCUCCGCGACCGCAUCAUCGGCUCGUCCUUGUGUGCCUGCUGCUGCUGCUGCUGCGGCUGCUGCUGGUUGGGUCUGCCCGUCCGCUCCAUGGGCCCCCGCCUGCUGCUGCCCCAGCGCUCCUUCAUGCCACUGCCCUGUACACCGCCACCGCCAGCAGCAGCUGGCCGCCUGCUCGCAGGGCCGGAGGGGUUUGGUAACGCAUCACGGCGGAUGCUGUGGGGUGUGGGCAGGGGCACGGGCGGGGGGACGGCACGCCUGUCGUGGUGUUUCGACAAACCAUCCGGCGGCUGCCUUCGGUCAAGAGGUGAGGGCCUAGAUUGUGCCAGUGGUUUCCUCGGCCCCCCUCCCCUGAUGGACGCCGACGCCUCGCUCAUGGCGAGUUCGUGGUCGUCGAGUGUCCUGUCGCUGUCGGUGUCUGAGCGUGUGGAGGGGGAAGCGACGGGCUUCUUGGCGCACUGCGUCAAAGCCUCGCUGAGUAGCCGCCGCUCAGACUCGAUCUCCUUGGUCUUGCGGCACAGCGCGUGCAGGUCCUCCUUUGCACGCAUCAGACGGCCCCUAAACACACAACAGCAGCGCACACAUGCGCGGGCGAAUGAAGCCGGAUGGCCUCUCUCUCCCUCUCCCUCUCCCUGUGUGUAGCAUUACUUGUCAAUGGGAUCUUUCAUCUGCGAUGUCAGCAAGGUGAUGUGCCUCACAGCACCGUCCACGUAGGUCUGCGAGGCCUCGUAGUGUCCAAGGGCAGCGUGCUGGUAUGCCUGCUGGAUCUCUGCGGCGAGCUCGGCAGGGAUCAUGCCGCCCGUCGGGGGAGCAGCCGGGGAGGCCGAUGGGGCGAGGGCAGGCACCGUCAGAUACGGAUACCGACCUGCAGCGCGGAGAUGAGAUCAGACACAACUGAAAUGAAUGCAUGGAUGGAUGGUUGGCGCAGGAAACGUCCAGACAUCUCUUGUGUGGAGGGGUUCGUUGGCUUACCGGCAGCAUCAUGGCUGGACAUAGGGAGGGCCCCACAAAGCCACCGCACGCCAGCAAAGAGGCAACCUCAGUCAGAAAUCAGCGACUGGUCGGUGUCAGCAAGAAGCGACUUCAGAAGCCUGUCUGCCGCCCAUCUCACAAGCUACCACAUCCUCGCAAACGGCCG